AUGGAACACCCGAAGGAAAGCCCGCAAGGCCACCAGGGGAAAUACAGGAUUUAUCUUGUUGGAUUUCCCGACACCAACGGAACUUCGAAAAGUGUUCCAGUCGCGAAGCUGAUAGAUGAUCUCGUGCCCGAGGCCGAGGUCAUUAAUCAUAGCAUAUUCCGUGGUGAUGCUGCUCCGAAUCUCCUGCAGUCUGACCUCGAGACUGAAGGGAACGUGGAUGUCAAUGAAAGCAACGUAUCCGAGGACGACGAUCAGUUAGAACUGCCCGAAUCCGUGGCGAACGAAAAGCUCGGCGUUAGAGCACCGACAGGGCCUGAUCUGCUCAGAGUGGACAAAGAUCAACCCCCUUUAGAUGACGGUAGCGCCCCAUAUCGCGGUCUCAGGCGUGUGAACACAGCCGCUGCCUCGACGACUUCGGUUGGCGGAGAUGCCCAUGACUUUACUCCCGGCUGGCUUGAAAAGGAGGCACUCGGUCUUCUCAAUCGAAUUGAGAAGCACAGGUAUGCCGAUGUGGACGGAGCGCCGUGUCAGGUGGUGCUCGCCGGCCAUGAAUUCGGCGGCCUGGUGCUAAAGCAGUACCCAAUCGCCAACUUCGUUCCGAGUGGCCAAUCCGACCACCUGCGAGCCAUGAGGUUUGGGAACGGACUUGAGAACGUUGUCUUUUGGACGGAUCACAACGGAGACCAUGAUGCCACCGUUUGUGCCACCGAUGACAUCGGGAAGAUGGAGUCGCUCAGGACACACUUUGCGCCCCAGCGCCUCCUUUUGAAGCUGGGUAACGAGGGCUUCAUCCGCCUACCAGCGACACAUAUUUCAGAAUCCUCCAGGCAUUGUCCCCUUGCCGGCAAGUAA